AUGCGUGAGCGAGCCACGAUAUCGGAUCUCGGAGACUUUCUGGUGGCGACGUCGGAAAAAUGCCCACAUCGGCCACAAAGGAAAAUGCUUGUACCUGGCUACUACCACUGCAUCUGGCCUCCACCGUCAGGGACCCUGGGACCACCUCAUCUCUACAUCUCCGCUUGCCUAUCCAGCCGGACGGCGUUCACUAUAUAUACAGUACAGUCUUGUUCUCUUGAGCGUUCUGAAGAACGACACCCUCACCCUCCACUGAUCUCACCACACCUCACGACGGUCGAUUGCCUGAUUUCCAUCAUGUCGUCGUCACUUCUCCUCAGCGCAGCCUCAGGCGUCAUCUUCGGCUCUGCCCUGACGACCUCGGGCGUCUAUUCUCCCUCCGUCAUCCUAGGCCAGAUGGGCUUGAGCAACUUCCACAUGCUCAAGUCGUUUCUGGCCGCCAGCGCAUGCAGCGCACUCAUCGUGGUCGGGGCGAACCGCUCAGGCUAUGCCAAACUCCCCCACCGCACCGACUCCUCCUACGGCUGGUUCAUGAAAUACGACGCCAAUGUGAUCGGAGGACUGUUGCAAGGAAUUGGAAUGACUUUGACCGGCGCAUGUUCCGGCACUGUGUUGGUACAGAUAGCACUGGGGUUCAAGUCUGCCUGGAACGCGGCCGCCGGAGCUGUUCUGGCAGGCAUCGUGUUUGCGAAGAUUGGAAAGAAUCUCAAGCGCACAACAGCGACUCCUUCAUCGAUCCCACCUAAGCAUACCUUGCAAGAACAAACCGGUCUUUCGACAGGCACCAUUGUCGCAAUCUACGAGCUUUUGUGUCUGGCAAUGAUCACUGUGGCCACAUAUGUCGCUCCCACUCGACCAUAUUGGCUGAGCCCGGUUGUUGGAGGCUUGCUGAUCGGUAUCGCUCAAGCUACCUCGGUUCUCUUCACGCGCAAAACUGUGGGUGUCUCCAAAGCCUACGAGGAUAUUGGCGAGUACUUCUGGAGUCUUGUGGAGGGAAGAUCUGGUCCGGGAUUGUCAAAUAUUCUGUUCGCCAGCGGCGUGGUUGCCGGUGCCAAAGUCAUGUCCCAAUAUAUUCCAGUCAUUGCGGAGUCCGGACCUGCCGUCAGUACUCCCGCAGCUAUCGUCGGCGGAUUCGCCAUGAUAUUCGGCGCCAGACUGGCUGGUGGCUGUACCAGCGGCCAUGGCAUCAGCGGCAUAUCGACUAUGAGUGUGAGCAGCUUCGUCACCGUGGCCAGCAUGUUUGCCGGUGGUAUUGCUACCGCUUUUUUAACCCGAUGA